ACCUCGUUUUAUAUCCUCGAAGUCAAUAGUUAAGAGUCAAAAUAGAGGAAGAAGGUGAAGCAAAUAAUUGAUCAGAAAAUAGAGGAAGAAGGUGUGAGAGACUGAAGAAUGAUUCUGCAGUUGCUGUUUCAGAUCAUCUUUCUAUCAUGGCCAAUGAUCUCGAGGACACAAGCACAAGCAUCAGUAAAGCCUGGUUGUCCAUCCAAAUGUGGAAACGUUACCAUUCCAUUUCCAUUUGGCAUACGAGAGGGUUGUUACAUUGAUGAUUGGUUUGCCAUAGACUGCGACUCUAGUAAUAAGCCAUUCAUCAAGAGAAUCCAAUACUUGGAGGUGCUUGAAAUUUUUCUAAACGGUACCAUGCGAGUAAAUCAUCCAGUAUUAAGCACUUGUUCUGACGAAAAUGAUUAUUUUACUUUGCCACAUGGUAACUUGCAUGCUGAAAGCCCUUUUGUCUUCUCUCAAAAAAGCAACAGAUUCACCGCCUUAGGUUGCAACAACAUUGCCUAUAUGAGAGUCUCUGAAUUUUCGAUUGUUGGUGGGUGCUUUUCUAUUUGUGACAAGAAGACCAAAACCGGAGAGAAUGGUUGUUACGGCAUAAACUGUUGCCAAACCAAAAUUCCUUCAUCUCUCAAGGUAUUUAACACAACUAUAAGUACCUUUAAUGAUGAAAGAAAUAGGAAGAAUAUUACUGAAUGCAGGUAUGCCUUUUUGGUGGACCAAAAUUGGUUUGAAAAGAAUCCUCAAAAUGUUGAAAAAAGGACACACGUUCCUGUGGUAUUGGACUGGGGGAUACUCAAUUCAUCGUUUAAUCUGUUUGCAACACAAAAACAGAAGGGAUACAAUUCAACAUCUAGUUGUCAAAUUUAUGCAAACAUUACCUCUUCUAUUGCGAACUCUUCUAGUACUCAGUUUCCAGUGGUUCAUUGUAACUGCAGAAAGGGCUACGAAGGAAAUCCUUAUCUUCUCAAAGGAUGUCAAGAUAUUGAUGAAUGCAGUUCCAACAAAACGUGUGGGAAUUUGUUUUGCGAAAACUUAGAUGGAACAUAUCGUUGUUUCACAUUACCCAGCAAAAGAUCUAAGAUUAACAUGGUGGCGUUAGGUUUUGGCACAGGCCUUGGAAGCGUUUUUCUACUUUUGGGGGCAUGGUGGUUAUGCAUCAUAAUAAAGAAAAGGAAGGAUAGCAAGCUUAAACAGAAGUUUUUCAAACAGAAUGGUGGUUUACUUUUACAACAACACUUAACUUCAUCAGAUGGCAGUGUUGAUAGUAGCAAACUGUUCAACUCAAAAGAAUUAGAAAAGGCCACGGACCAUUUUAAUGUGAAUAGAAUACUUGGUGAGGGAGGUCAAGGCACGGUAUAUAAAGGAAUGUUAUCAGAUGGAAGAAUAGUUGCUGUAAAGAAGUUUAAGGUAGUUGAUGAAAGGAAGGUUCAUGAAUUCGUUAACGAGGUUGCCAUUCUUUCCCAAAUCAACCAUAGAAAUGUGGUUAAACUAUUGGGAUGUUGUUUGGAGACUGAGGUUCCUUUAUUAGUAUACGAAUUCAUCCCUAAUGGAACCCUUUUUCAAUAUCUUUAUCAUCAAAAUGAAGAACUUUCACUCACAUGGGGUAUGCGUUUGCGAAUUGCAGUAGAAGUUGAAGGAGCUGUUUCUUAUUUGCACUCGGCAGCUUCCUUACCAAUUUAUCAUCGAGACAUAAAAUCAACCAAUAUUCUAUUGGAUGAAAAGUUCAAAGCAAAAGUAGCAGACUUUGGGACUUCAAAAUCAAUUUCUAUUGAUCAAACUCAUGUGACAACAAAAGUACAGGGAACUUUUGGGUACUUGGACCCAGAGUUUUUUCAAUCAGGUCAAUUCACAGAUAAAAGUGAUGUUUAUAGUUUUAGAGUAGUUCUUGUUGAGCUUUUGACCGGACAGAAGCCAACAUCGUCAAUGAGAUCAAAAGAACGCGGAAGUUUGAUUGCAUAUUUCAUUACUUGUGUGGAGCAGAACUGUCUAAAUAAUAUUAUAGAUGCACAAGUACUAAGCCAAGGCAGGAAAGAGGAGAUCGUUGCAGUUGCUAACCUUGCGAAAAGAUGUUUGAACCUAAAUGGGAAGAAAAGACCUACAAUGAAAGAAGUAUCGAUGGAGUUGGAAGGAAUUCAAGCAUGGCAAAAAGAAGUUGCGGUUGAGUUGGAAGGAGUUCAAGCAUCACAAAAAGAUGAUGGUAUGCAGCAAACUUAUCAAGAGAUUAAGUAUGACAAUACCGAAGUAUUUGAGAUUGCGGGUUGGGAUGUUGGUUCUUCUUCUACAUCUACUUUUGAACGUGUAGGUUCAUCAUCGGUAGACGUUCAACCACUAUUAACUAGCUAGCACACCAUAAUAUGUAAAUUUGUGUAUUGCAGUGCCUAUUAUACUUUCUGGUCAUGUUGUGAAACAAUUUAGGCCUUAUGUUGUAUUAUGAUACCACUUAAUUUCAAUAAUCGUUCAAGACUUGCCAUCUUUUGUGUAUUCAUUCUUUUUCUU